CUUGGCCAAACAGGCUCUUAAAUCUUACUUAUUGUGCUUCUUCACAACUGUUUUUCUGCUUCCACACAUCACGAUUUCUCUCCGUUUUUUUCUUUCAUCAUCUAUGGCGCAACAAGAGAAGAAACCAUCUCCGGGAAUUCCUUGGAGGACACGAAUUGCACUAUCCUUCGUCUCUACAAUUACCGACUAUUCUCGUCGUCAAAACGGCACCGUUAACCGCCGGCUACUCGGGAUCUUCGGCCUUAAAACUUCCGCCAAUCCAAAUCCAGUUAACGGCGUUAAAUCCUACGACGUCAGUGUAGAUUCUUCUCGCGAUCUCUGGUUUCGCCUCUUCAUUCCAACUACAGAUGAAUCUCGGAAUUUGAGUUCACUUCCGAUCAUCGUCUUCUUUCACGGCGGCGGAUUUGUGUAUCUCAGCCCGGAUACAAAGGCGUACGACGCCGUUUGCCGCCGUUUCGCGAGGAAAACCCCGGCUGUUGUUGUCUCUGUUAAUUAUCGGCUAGCUCCGGAACACAAGUAUCCUGCGCAGUAUGAUGAUGGAUUUGAUGUGCUGAAAUUCCUUGACAAUGAGAAGAACCGUGAGCUAUUGCCGGAAAAUGUCGAUUUGUCUCGCUGCUUCCUUGCCGGAGAUAGUGCCGGCGGGAACCUCGCUCAUCACGUGGCUAAGCGAGCAUCUGAAAUGACGUCGACCUUUGAUGCACUGAAGGUAAUUGGACUGGUGGCUAUACAACCCUUUUUUGGAGGGGAGGAGCGAACGGAAUCAGAAUUAAAACUAGUAGAAGUUGACGCAUUGAUAUCAGUGAGAAGAACAGAUUGGAUGUGGAACGCGUUCCUGCCACCAGGUGAAGGGAUGGAUCGCGAUCAUGAGGUUAUUAAUGUUUGCGGUCCAAGGGCUGUUGACAUAUCAAAGCUGGACAAUUUUCCAGCAACGAUGGUAGUCGUGGGUGGCUUUGAUCCCCUUAAAGAUUGGCAAAGGAGGUACUAUGAGUGGCUUAAGAGGUCUGGCAAAGAUGUUCACCUCUCAGAGUAUCCAACUAUGGUGCAUGCUUUCUACAUUUUCCCUGAGGUUCCUGAAGCUACACAACUUAUUCUUGAGGUUAAGGACUUUGUUCAUAACCAAUGCUCUAAGGUUGUGAAGAAUUGAUGUGCCUUGAUUCACUAACCAAGAUGUCAAAUCAUGUGU